GCAAAAGAAGGUAAAGUUCGACCAAAGAACCAAACCAGCGUUUCAAAAACAAAUGUCAUGCAAAAUGUAUUGCAACAUGCGCAGACGUGGAUUUCUUUGCGAGUCGCUGUUGUUGAUGUCCAUCUGGAACCAUCUACUCUGCCGUGCAAGGAUGGCGCACACCAAAUGCAGAUUCACCGACAAACCAUACUUGAGAAGUGACGUCUACCGAUGUGCAGUACCAGAUGACAAAGUGAAAUGGAGCGUAAAUUUCCCUGACUAUAAGCCACCCGAUUACACCGAUCCGAAGACGAACGGAAAAGAUUGGGCAGAUCCUGAACCAGCGAAAGGAAAAUUCAAAUGGAAUGCUGUAGAUGGCAAAGUGAACCGAGAGUCAUUCGUCUGCGAGUACUCCUUCGACAAGGAUUCUCGACCUAUCAAUCCUAUCGGCAGAACGGGACUCCGAGGAAGAGGUGCUUUGGGAAGAUGGGGUCCAAAUCACGCUGCUGACCCUCUGGUGACAAGGGUCAAGGACGGCAAAUUGCAGUUCGUUGCUAUCGAGCGUGGAGAUACUGGUGAGUGGGCUAUUCCUGGUGGAAUGGUGGAUGCUGGCGAAAUUGUCUCGGAGACCUUGAAGAGAGAGUUUUCUGAAGAAACCAUGGGCGGAAAAAUGGAAGCGCAAAUGGAAGAGCUUUGGAAGGAAGGAGUCGAAAUAUACAAGGGAUAUGUUGACGACCCAAGAAAUACCGAUAAUGCUUGGAUGGAGACCACCUGCAUGAAUUUUCACGAUACCAAAGGAUUUUUGGAUAAAGUAGAGCUGAAGGCAGGUAGUGAUGCUUCUAACGUGAGAUGGAUUGAUGCCGAUGCUAAUGAGCCUCUCUACGCUUCACACGAACAUUUUAUAGAGCUGCUGAAAGAACACCAUAAGAACAAGAAAAAUUGAAGUUGCAUCAGCCUGCCAGUUCACCUUUGGAAAAACCAAACCGAGUAUUUUUUCAAAAGAUUCUAUGCGAACGCGUAACGGUCGCCUUGUAUCAGUGUAUGUAUGUGUGUAUGUAACUUUUCGUCAUCAAUCGAUAUCGAUUCAUUGAUGUUUAGCGACUCUGAGCCAUGGACUGCGGAGGAGUAAGUGAACGUGCUUAUCACAAAUGCAAUACUCAUCUUCACAAUCAUCGAUACCUCUACUUUUUAUCGUCUUCAAAGUUUAAGUUGAGGCAUUAAGAGGUAGUAGAGGGAGGGGAGAAAUGAGAAUGCUGAUUACGAAGACGCUAUCUUUCAAAAUCACCCACUGCACUCGAUUUUUUGCAAACUUUCAGCUAUGGCAAGAGUUGUCAAGGGGGAAUUGAGCGUGCUAAUCACGAAAAUACUAGGGGGGGGGGGGGGUGGCAGGAAAUUGGUAUAUGAGAGACAGGAGAAUUUCGUGUUGAAGUGGGACGAAGGGUAAUCCCUACCUACGAUAGUUGUCGUCAAGAACCGAGUGGAGCCGGUUAUGCCACCUAGCAUCGUAAAACAAAAUCUUGCAUUGAACAUGAAACGUCUUCGCGUCCUCAUCUAAUUUUAGAUGUGAUGUUUAGUACACUAACUACCUCAUAGGAGUUGUUGAUUGGUUGUACCUAUUGCUCAGUUCAUUGUUUUUGAUGUAUUCUAUUCUUGCUUUUAGUCAGAAUUUUAUACUUUGAUAGUCGCAAUAAAUAAACUGUAAGCAUGUU